AUGUUUACAUAUCUUACAAGAACAUUCUCCAAUUCCAUGGAAACUGUAGUGUUUUCCCUUCUGUUCAUGUUGGUGAUGAAAACAGUGAAAGAUAUACAAGCAAACAAAGAGUCUAGAGAGACUCAGAAGGAAGAGCAUGAUAGGUACCAAAGGAUGUCUCUAGAAGAGUUCCGAAACAAACAUAAUGCAAAUUCAGAAGGAUCUUUUAGUGUGGGCCCCGUCUUGUGGCUGAUGAUAACUGUCAUAAUUGCUGGAGAUAGUCUGAUGUCAUGUCUUUUUGCUAUGACCUUUGGGGCAUUUAUUCCUUCCCUUGUAAUGGUUCUUAUUGACACACAAUACUACAGUGGAAAAACAGCUCUAGACAUCCUGUCAGGAUUUAGACAGUGUGUAGUGACUUCAGAAAAUGUUACUGAGUGCUGGGAGGAUUUCUUCAAGCUGUUUGUUGUGACCCCCUUGAAUUUUAUAAAAUACAACACAGAUCCUAACAACCUAUCCUUCCACGGACGACACCCCCUGUACACACAUCUUGUGGUUAACUUACCCAUUCUGUUUGGACCUUUAGUGGUGCUAAUGCUUGUAGAAGUCAAAAGACUCCUUUUGAGACAGUUCCCAUCCAAUCGUAGUGUCCUGUUGUGUUUUGUGAUGGUCACCGUCAUCAUUCUGUCCAUGUUUCCCCAUCGAGAACCUAGGUUUCUUCUCCCA